CAGCUCAGUCUGUCUGCAGCUAUUCAUACCACACAGCGGGCGCCAGCUGGGCGUAGUCUGAGAGGCAGCUCACAGCGCGCGCAGGCCGGUCGAUGCGGGUGGCUGGAGCGCGGCGCAAGUGGCGCUUACGUAAGAGGACGCCGCGCGCAGCCGCGGGCGGGUCGAUGGCGCGCCUCGGCCUCAGUGUCGAGCCAGGCGCCCCGAGCGCCGCCCGCUAGCGAGUGCAGUGUUGCAAUGAAGCAACGCGAAAAUCACCUGAGAAGGUCAUAUAAUGCUAAAAUUACCCAAAGGCCUUAAAAAGAAGAAAAAAGGCAAAAAAUCAAAACGUAAAGGGGAGGAGGAGCUGUUUACUGAAGAAGAGUUAGAAAAAUAUAGGAGAGAGCACCAACAACACGAAGAAAGUGGCGAGGCAUCGGCUAAAGAAAAUGAAGAAUGGUCUAAGUUUAAGGAUCUAACAACUGGCGUUGACACUGUUCUCAAGAAAACCCAAGGCGAUCUCGAUCGGAUAAAGUCUACUUCUUUCUUUCAACGUGUCAAAUCCGUUCCUAAGGAAGUGAAGCCAAAAAAGGAAGAACCGCAUAGACCAGUAGUUGAAGUUACUGAGGCCGACUUUCCUCAGUUACUCGCGGCCAAGGCAGAAGCCGAUAACGGGGAAAAAAGUGAUUACGGAGUCACUGACGACGAGUCUGAAUACGAAGAAGAUCAGGACGAUAUUUUCGAUACUUCUUACGUAGACGCUGUUGAGCGCGGUGAAGUUAAACUUGCCUACGUUCCAGAUUCUCCAGAAGAGUUUCAAGACGAUGAUAUUUUUGAUACAUCUCAUGUAGAUGCACUUAUUAAGGGGCAAGAAGCUAAGAGUACUAAGGGUAAAAAAGCCUUAGAUAUAGGCGUUGCUGUUGAAGUUCUAACCGGUCGCAUUGAUAAUGUUCAAAUAACAACUAAACGACCGAAAAGAGUUAUACCCGGUGAUUUGUUACUAGAGAGUACUGAUGGAGAACCGCUGCCAAUUGCAACAUCGGUUGUAAGUGAACCUGUGGAAAAAAGUAUAUUAGAUCUUGAUACAGACGUACCAAUUACGACUCCCAUAGACCUAAGCGUUUCAUUACACACUUCUUUACUGCAACAAAAAAAAGCGGAGAGCCAAGAAGCGUUACCUUCUACAACUAAUGAAGUGAACGAAAAUAACACCGAAGAAGUUGAAAUCGAUGAAUUUACACUUUUAGCGGCAGAAUCGCUAGAAGUAAGGUCUACUGUUACUAAACUAGAAGAAAAAGAGAUAAUUGUUGAACCAGUUUUACAAGAAUCUUGGUCGGCAUUCGAAGCGGAUAAAAACGAGUCUGUUUUCGCCGAAGGAAUUGUUGAGGAUCAAUUAGAUGUAAUAGAUCCAUACAUUGAUCAAGACGAUCCUUUUGAUACAAGUUUCGCUGAUGCUGUGAUUCCAACAACUAACUUUGAUAAAAUAAAACAAGAAGCGGUUUUAUUAGAAGACGACGACGAUUUCGAUCCACGAGCGGAAGAGAUACAAUUAAGGCUAAAUAAUAGGCGUAAAUCUUCAGUGCGUAUACAUUUGAUAAAUCCUUCGGGUAUAAGAGAGUCUAUUACAUCGGAUGAUAUCAUAAACUCUGAAGAAAGUCAAAAUCAAAGGGAUCUUUUAGGGGGAAGUACAACCGAUUUAACUCAAUUAGGUGAUUCUCCUUUAGAUCCAGUAGAUAUUAAUACCGGGGAUAUAGAUCCUUUUGAUACUACUAUAGUUGAUAAAAUUGUAGCCCCAGGAAAAGUAGAAUUAAAGUUAUUAGAACAAGAACUAAUUGGGAGCGCACCCUCGUCGUCUAUUUAUAGAGUGCCAAGUGAUCCUGACUUUGAUCCUAGAGCUGACGAACCCAUACAAGCAGAAAGAAGAGCUUCACGUCCUGAGAACCUUACUGUUAGUAAAAGUGUGCUCUUUGACGUUGAAGGGACCUCGGAUUUGGACAGUAAAACCAAGUCCGGCAAACCUUUAACACCAUAUUAUACUCGAGAAGAUUCGAUUACUGAAGAUUUAGACGAAGAAGCAGAGGCAAGGGAUAAAGUCCCUGAAGUGUUAACACGAGCUCGCUCUGAGGAAGAUUUGACAAUAAACACAGCUUACGCAGUUAAUAAACGGAGACAUUCGGAGAACCCGCAGUCGAUUCAAAACAUAAAUAAUUUGAAAGCAAGUGAUCUUCUUCAUGGUAAUCCUAAUGAAAUAGAAGUAAAAGUUUUAACACCAACUGGCCCAUCGACUCAUAAUACUUCUACAAAUCUAGAUUCAGAUCCAUUUGAUACUUCAUUUGCUACUAACAUUGAACCGAGUAAAACUGAGUUGAAGUUAUUAGCCAAAGAAUUUUCGUGCGACGACACCACAGUCACUGACGGAGAACCUGAUUUGUUAGAAACUUCAGACGAUAUUUUUCAUAUUAAAGCGCUUACCCCUGAACCGUCUGAUACUCGAAACUCACAAGAAGAUUUCGAUCCAUUCGAUACCUCUUUUGCAAGCGAUCUCAAUCCAGGAAGAACUGAAAUUAACAUGAACGAGACAGCACCAGUGUCGACUGAAGUUCUUAAUCCCUUCAUGACUGAUUCAGAGCCACCAGAUUUUGGAACUGGAGAUAAUCCAUUUGCCACCAGUAACCCUUUUUCAGAUUUUGGUGAUAACUAUGAACCACAAGUAGGUGAUACGGUGCCCACAGACAUUUUUGGAGCGGCGGAACCUAAAGAUGUGUGUGCAAAACAUUUCGCCGAAACUGACCCUAUGGAUGUAUUUGGAAAUCAGACCAUGGAAGCCGAGAAAUUAAUGAAACCGACUGAGCUCGAAUUAGUUUCAACUAUGGUUGACUGUAGUUAUUUGAAUGAAGAAGAAACUAAGGAGUUACAGUCAUUGACACGACCAUUACCUACAGAAACACAAAACUUAAUUCUAACUGUAACAGGUCAAAUGGAAUUUACAAGUUCCGAUUUGCUCGAUCGGAUUCCACCUACGCGGACUCCGAGCCCUGUAUCAGUGCGUGACAUUCAUUCCCCGAGCCCUACGCCCGAACCGGAUCUGUUCGAUGAGGCCCCGGCCACGACUGACUUUAACCGCAACAAGCCGGCACGGCCUCCACCUGCCCGCCCCCCUCGCCCCGCACCGCCGCCGAGACCACAACAGCCUUCACAGGCGGCUGCCGAUGACAUUAAUCUUUUUGACGCUCCUAUUCCGGUCGUUGUUAAACCCACAAAGGAAGCAAUCCUCAGUUUAUACUCGGCUCCUAAGAAAGAAGAGAAACAGAUAGACUUCUUGAGUGACGAUAUUCCUGAGCUAUCUUCUGAUGCAGAGAUACAAUCUCGUCCAACAGAUAUCAUGUUGACAUCUACAACUGCUGACUCCACUAACUUGCUGUUUAAAGAGCCGGCCACAUCGAUCGCAGACAAUGUUCCAGAGCCUGAGUCACAAAAUGCAAUAUUCACAGCGCCGUCGGCACAUGCUGUUGAAGAAGACGAUGUACCAAUGGACUGUUCUGAGCCUACAGCUGAAAUUAACACUGCUUCGCUAAAUGCGUCACCGUUCGCUGAUAUUAACGACGACAGUUUUCAAGUCCAACAAAUAACUGAAAGUGAAACAAAUCCAUUUGAAAUGGACGACGUAAAAGACCAAUCACCUUUCAAUGUAUCCGAUACGGAAAUGCCCAAAUAUGAGGACGUUAAAAUGACACCGAAUGUCGAUCAUACCCCAUUCUCUACAAACGAAGCGUUUAUUUCCGCGCCUCCUUCUAACGUCAGUGGAUCUCCCAUGGACGUGUUCGGCGCGUACGAAGAUAAUCAAGCGAAUAUAUUUAGCGCUGCGGAAGAAUCGGUCAGCGCGGACAUGCACACUGCGACCUCUGCCGAUGUCGGUUGGGACGCAACCGAGACAAUGGCCCAAGAUGCUGCUUUCCCUUCAUCUCAGGACGCUUUCGAUGCGUUCUCCGCUAAGUUUGAUUCCACCGGUGCGAACCACAUGAACACAGACGCAUGGGGCGAUAACGGUGCCGACGACGCGGUGCCAGCAGGUUUCGAGGCCGAAGCUUUCGACCCGUUCUUGAGUAUGGGCGCCCCUCCGCCCCCCGCCGCCACGCCGCGACUCGAACACCAAGACUCGCGGGAUUCCACCGAUGAUACAUUUUCCGUAUUUAUUCGGCCCAAGGAGAGCGACGCGGCCGCCGCGCACUGCGUGCCCGUGCUGGCGCCGCCGCCGCGCGCGCCCGCGCCGCCCGACGCGCGCGCCAACCCCUUCGACGCCGAGCCGGCGCCGCGCCCCGAGCGCGCUGCCGGCGGGCCCGCGCCGGACGGCGGGCGCGCCGGCAGCGGCGCCGACACGCCGCCCACGCCGCUGUUCGACGACGACGUGUCCGUGCCGCUGGAGGCCUUCCCGCGCAUCCAGUACGCCGGGCCCGGCUGGGAGAUGCAGCUGCGCCAGCCCAACAAGAAGAAGAUCACCGGCCAGAGGUUCUGGAAGAAGGUGUUCGUGCGGCUGGCGGCGCAGGGCGACAGCGCGGUGGUGCAGCUGCUGAACAGCGCGGCCGACCGCGAGCCCAUCCAGGAGCUGCCGCUGCAGGCGUGCUACUCCGUGUCGGAGGUGGGCGCGCAGCAGUUCGACCAGUUCGGCAAGAUCUUCACCGUCAAGCUGCAGUACGUGUUCUACAAGGAGCGGCCGGGCGUCAGGCCGGGGCAGGUGACGAAGGCGGAGCGCAUCACCAACAAGCUGUCGCAGUUCGCGGCCUACGCCAUCCAGGGCGACUACCAGGGCGUCAAGGAGUUCGGCAGCGACCUGCGCAAGCUGGGCCUGCCCGUGGAGCACGCGCCGCAGGUGUCGCAGCUGUUCAAGAUAGGGUCGCUGAACUACGAGGACGUGAAGCAGUUCUCGUUCUGCGUGGAAGAAGCCUUGUUCCGGCUCUCCGCGCAUCGCGACCGCGCGCUCACCUACAAGAUGGAGGAGGUGCAGAUCACGGCGGUGGACGAGCUGUACGUCGAGCAGGACGCGGAGGGCUCGGUGCUGAAGCAGAUCGCGCGCGUGCGGCUGUUCUUCCUCGGCUUCCUGAGCGGCAUGCCGGACGUGGAGCUGGGCCUCAACGACCUGCGGCGCCAGGGCCGCGAGGUGGUGGGCCGCCACGACAUCAUCCCCGUGGCCACCGAGGAGUGGAUCCGCGUCGAGGAGGCCGAGUUCCACGCGUGCGUGCAGCCGCAGGCCUUCGACGACGAGCAGAUCAUUAAGUUCAAGCCGCCCGACGCGUGCUACCUGGAGCUGAUGCGCUUCCGCGUGCGGCCGCCCAAGAACCGCGAGCUGCCGCUGCAGCUGAAGGCGCAGUGGUGCGUCGCGGGCAGCAAGGUGGAGCUGCGCGCCGACGUGCUGGUGCCGGGCUUCGCGUCGCGCGCGCUGGGGCAGGUGCCGUGCGAGGACGUGGCCGUGCGCUUCCCCAUCCCCGAGUGCUGGAUCUACCUGUUCCGCGUGGAGAAGCACUUCCGCUACGGCUCCGUCAAGUCCGCGCACAGGCGCACCGGCAAGAUCAAGGGCAUCGAGCGCCUGCUGGGCGCCGUGGACGCGCCGCAGGAGUCGCUCAUCGAGGUGACGUCGGGCCAGGCCAAGUACGAGCACCAGCACCGCGCCAUCGUGUGGCGCAUGCCGAGGCUGCCCAAGGAGGGCCAAGGCGCCUACACCACGCACAACCUGGUGUGCCGCAUGGCGCUCACGUCGUACGACCAGGUGCCGGAGGAGCUGGCCAAGUGGGCCUACGUGGAGUUCACCAUGCCCGCCACGCAGGUGUCGCACACCGUGGUGCGCUCCGUGUCGCUGCAGCAGCACGACGGCGAGCCGCCCGAGAAGUACGUGCGCUACCUGGCGCGCCACGAGUACACCGUGGGCAUCGAGCGCUCGAGCGGGCCGGCGGCGGCGGCCUACGCCGUGGCGGCCAGCAAGGAGCCCGAGCGCGCGGCGCCGCCCGCGCCCGCGCCGGCGCCGCCCUCCUCCGACUCCGACUCCGACUAGGCCGUGACCAGCCCGGCGGCCGUGUGUCGCACUGCGACGCCGCAGGAACAUGGAACUCAUCACCAUUGUUCGAACGCUCAAAAUUGACGCAGUCGACAUCCAACGCUCCUUAAGGGGCGUUCGCAAAACAGAAAUAAGAAACUGUAGUUGCGACUCGAGCCGUCCCUUCGACGUCGAGUUUGAAUAAUUUCACACUUCACGCGAGCAGCUUCGGUCAGCUAGGGUGUUAGUAAACGACAAGUAGCCCGACGUUAAAGGAACUGAGAAGAUGUCCUUUAGUAGUUUCUACUCGCAACUUAAGCUUGCACUCGGUACUCUGAGCGAGUGGAGACCCCGAUCUGGCCGCGCAGCUAGCAGCCGCUCAAGACCAAAUUCUAGCCAACUCUAUAAAAUAAAUUCUAAGAUGGUCGAUAAUAAAAUGCCAAAACAGAAAUUCAUUAAAAUUUUGAGCUUUCAGAACAUUGAGUAAGACUUGGGCUAAAAAAAUACUAUUUUUAAUACAGGAAUAUACUUUCGUACAGCGUUUACUUACCCGGUUAAAUGAUUUUGAGAAAAAUUAAAAACACAUGAUUUUUGUAGCAUCUUUCGAUAUGUUACGUCAGCGUAUUUGUUCUACUUUGUAGAAUUAUACAAAUUAAUUCUAAAAAAUACUUCAUAGUGCAUAGAGAUAAUUGAAAUCGUAUCUCUGCCUCUUAGUCAUAAUAACUAUGCUGCUAAGGUGUCAGUCGCCACUAAACAUAUUGUGUUGUAUAUAAAAACUUGCUUAUUCUUGAUAUAAAAUGAAUACCAACGUGUAAGUCGCAUGCAGUGAAUAUGUUUGUGAAAUUGGUGAAAUAUAAUAAUAUGAAAGAACAAGAUAUAAUAAUAGGUUCAUAAGAUAAUCUAAUGAUAACUACUUAAACAUGAAAAAUAUUUAUUAAAUGUUAUAUAGAUGAGUGAUAACAAACGGUUCACAACCAUCACUAUGCAGUCACACAGUGUUCCGACAAUCACAAUAUCAAAAGAUGACUUUGCUAUCGCGGCCCGCGUUCAAAUCUGCAUCAAGGUCUGUGCGCUCCAGUUGGGCAAUUGAACUAGUUCGUGCGGCGCAGUGCUGUGAGGCCUCACAGUGAUGUCUGUGACUACGAGUGUUAGGCUCGAGACACACGCUCGCAAGUUACCUGUUCAAACAAUACCUGUAUAUUUUUUGUAUAUUAGUUUAAGGUCAUGUUAGUGUUCCACGCAGUAUAAGUAACUUAGUUGUCGGUUACACAGUAUUAUAUAAUCUCCUAUAACGAGUGUAAAUUGAUAUUAACAAUAUUUCUUGUAACUAACCGCGCUUAAAUGUAGGCAGAAAUCUGUAUAUAAAUAAUAAAUGUAAUGAGUAUUUUAGGAUAACUUGUAAUAGUCAGUUGCCGGACAGUCCCGCCGCUCGGUCGCGGUGGCUGAGUCGGUGAGCCGUUGCUACGUGAAAUGUUUGAGUAGGCGUGCACUAGCACGCAUUCCCGUGUAAAUGUUUUAAUAUCAUAAUAUUCUUGCGCCGCCACGUCGCUUCAAAUUAAAGAAGAAUACUAUUUAAGGGCAUAUCGUAACAAAAUGAUAAAGUAGAUAGUAAUUAUCUUCAGCGGGGUGGCUAGUGUGACGAG